CAUUUACUAUUGGUCAAAUGCCGAAGGACGACGUUGUUCAGUUUUCUUUUAACAACAAACAACGACGUCUAGACUAAUCGAAAAUUACUCUUGUGCUUCGGGAAGACCUUUUAGUAAAGAGACUUUUAUACAUUUCAGAUUAAAUAUGAAGUACGAUUGCGUCAAGCGUAGACUUUCAUCUAUAUUUUCUAGAAUUGGAUAUCAGAUUGGACGUCACCCGUUGCCAUUUGUAGUAGUUCCAUUAAUACUAACCCUGUGCAUGGUGAUAGGAUUUAUAAAUAUUGCAUUUGUGAUCGAUAUAGAGUAUCUUUUCAUACCGGAUGAUGCAAGAUCGAGAACUGAUAGAGAUGCACUGGAGACGUUAUUUCCUCCCGGAUCGUCUGAUGAUUUUGAUCUUCUGAAAGUUACCAGGUUUGGAAGAAUGGCAUCGAUUAUUGCUACGCCGAAACGUAACGAAUCGAUGUUAGACGAAACGAUAAUCGAGGAAUUGAUAAAGCUCGAUCGAGUGAUUAGAAACGUAAGUAUUAACUGGAAUAGCACGAUUAUAAACUACGAGGAGUUAUGCGCCAAAAAUUUAUAUAAAGAAUGCUACGAAAAUUUUGCAUUAACUCUCAGAGGAAAGGAAUAUGAAAUCAAGAAUGGACUAUACAAUAUCAAAUAUCCCAUACAAAAAACCGACGGAGAGCCGAUAAUACCAGCCGUAAAUUUAGGCAACGUACAACUGGACGAAAAUAAUUAUCUGAGAGAUUUCAGAGCAGUCAGGCUGUUCUAUCCAUUGAAUGAUACUACAGAAGAGAGGGAAAGGAUGGCUUUGAAAUGGGAAAACGAGUUCUUAAUUGCCAUGUCCGAUAUUAAUUUUCGACACAUCGACGUUUCGCUGUUCGUCGCUAAAGCAUUCGACGAAGAAUUAAGUAGAAUUACCGAAAUGGCAUUACCAUUAUUGGGCAUAAUGAUCCCUGUGAUAUUAUUAUUCGCUUCAAUAUCGACAAUUUCUACGGAUUUAUCGAGUAGUAAACCAUGGAUAGGUGUUGCUGGUUGCGCUUCUGCGGCAUUAUCCACAGUUACAGCAUUCGGGUUAUUGCUGUUAUGCGGUAUACAAUACGUUGAUCUGAAUCUUUCUAUUGUGUUUCUUAUGCUAGGUAUUGGAAUUGAUGAUUCCUUCGUUCUUUUGGCUUCUUGGAGGCGCACGAACAGAAACGAUAGGGUAGAGAAAAGGAUGAGUGAAGCGUAUUCUGAAGCUGCAGUUUCUAUCACGUUGACGUCUGUAACAAAUUUUCUAUCCUUUUGUAUGGGCCUCACUGUGCCUUACAGAGUAAUACGAAUAUUCAGUGUAUAUAGCGCAUUAUCGGUGUUGCUCGAUUAUAUUUACCAAAUAUUCUUUUUCGGUGGAUUUAUGGCACUAGAGGGUUAUAGAGAGGAGAAGAACCUUCAUCCGCUUUCGUGUUUCAGUAUCAAAUCAAGUUCUACAGAGCACGCUAGUAACUCCAAGAGGAACGAAUUGAAGCCCGAAGAAAAUUUCAUAAUGGUGUUUUUUCGGGACGUCCUGGCAAAAUAUUUACAAAAAACUUACGUUAAAAUAAUAGUAUAUGUGGCAUUCGUAUCUUACUUAGGCGGGGGUAUAUACUGCAUGAGAUUCAUAAAAGAAGGGUUAGACUAUAAUAACAUAUUCCCUUCAUCAUCUUACAUCGUAAAUUACAUGGUAAACCAUUAUAAAUUCUUCACUGUGUAUCCUCAUAGAAUACAUCUUGUUUUUAACCAGACGUUGGAUUAUUCUAAUCCGGAAGUUCAAAACGAUAUCGAAAAUCUUCUAAAUACUUAUGAGUCCAGUCCAUUUAUGGGUGAUCGUUUCACCACCGAAUGUUGGUUAAGGGAAUUUCUCGAUUUCGUCAACGAACCGUACGCCAAAAUUUCAUUUCGUGGCUACAAUUUGAGCAACUCAGAAGAAUUUAUUGAGGGAGUCAAGAACGUGUAUCUGAAAUUCAAAAGUGCUCGAAGAUUCGAAAAGGAUAUUUUGUUUAAUAGUGAAGGCACUCAGAUAGUGGCCUCCAGGUGUUUUAUUCAGAGUUACAAAGUAAGCGACUCCAGUGCCGAAAGGUUUAUGAUGGAAAACGUACGAAGAAUAUCCGAUAACAGCAAAUAUCGGACAUUUGUAUAUAAUGUAUGGUUCGUUUUUUACGAUCAAUAUCUGAACGUGUCGUCCACGUGCAUUCAAACUAUAUGCGUAACUGCUCUGUUGAUAUCAGUGGUAUUUGUGUUUUUCAUACCAAAUUUUAAGUGCGCCGUUUGUGUCACCAUAACAAUAGCUUCCAUAGAAGCGGGAGUGAUUGGAUACAUGUCGUUAUGGAAUGUAAAUAUCGAUGCCGUAUCGCUGAUCAUUUUAGUGAUGUCUACGGGAUUUUGUGUGGAUUAUUCCGCUCAUAUAUCUUACGCAUACGUCUGUUGCAAAGAGAAGGAUUUGAAUGAGAGGAUGAAAUUUUCGUUAUAUGCUGCCGGAUAUCCGAUAUUACAAGGAUGUGUUACAACUAUUUUAGGAGUCUCCGUAUUGUAUUUCGGUCCUAGUUAUUUAUUUGUAAUAUUUUUUAAAAUGAUAUGUUUAGUGAUGAUUUUAGCUUGUUUCCACGGCUUAAUUUUGUUACCAGUCGUUCUCAAUACUGGAGAUUUUAUUUGGAAUUACCUGUCUGAACGUAUUCGUAAGAAGAAAGAAUUCUCAUAAAUGAAUCUCUGUACAGCCGUGUUAUACACUUAAAACCGCGAUUACUAUGUUACAGAAAUAACUUCAAAAUAAAUAAUCAAUCUUUCUCGAAAAGCGAAACUUUUAUAUAUAUUUAAAACAAUAAUUUAAUAAACCACACGUUUUAUUAAUCGACACCUUAUCUAAUAAAUAACUUGAAUGAUUACACUGUGAUCUAUGAAAAACUGGAAAAGCAAAUUACGCUGCCGAACAAAUUAAAAACGCUUAUUUUUCAGGGUAGAGAUGAAUUUUAUUUAAAAAAAGUUGUAAAUAUUAAUAACGCGUAAAGUCGUCAUUAAGUUCGACUCUGCUCGAGA